AUGGCAGGGCUCAAUUAUGUAAAUAAAUUUCCAAAUCAUGAGAGAAUCAAGGAUUGUUUAAUUAAAGAAUUGAAAUAUUCAAUAAAAGAAUUUGAUUUAUAUGGAAGAAAAAUAAAUAGCAUUUAUUUUGGAGGUCUAGCCCUGCCAAAAACUUUUGAAUCAAUAUUAAAUGUAAUAUCAAAAGAAUGUUCUUUAUCAUCUGACGCAGAGAUAACAAUGGAGGCAAAUCCAACGUCAGCAGAAACAAAUAAUUUGAGAGAAUUUAAAUCUAUUGGCAUAACAAGGCUUUCAUUAGGUGUUCAAUCAUUAAAUGAUAAUGAUUUAUUAAAAUUAGGUAGAGAUCAUAAUUCAAAAGAUGCAAUUAAAAGUUUAGAAAUAGCAAAAAAGAUAUUUAAAGAUAACGUUAGCUUCGAUUUGAUAUUUGGAAGAAAUAAUCAAAACGUUAGCAACUGGAUUAAAGAAUUAAAGCUAGCUUUAGAAUUGGCAGAUAAUCAUCUUUCCAUCUAUGAACUUACCAUAAAACCAGGAACCCCAAUUUAUAAAGAAUAUAAAUUAGGCAAAUUAAAAAUACCAUCAUCAGAUAAGAUCACUGAUAUGUAUGAAUCUACAAUUCAGAUUGCAAAAGAAUUUGGAUUUAAACAAUAUGAAGUUUCAAACUUUUAUAAAAAUUCAAAAUAUAGUAAACAUAAUUUUGGAUAUUGGAAUGGUUUGGAUUAUCUUGGAAUUGGACCUGGAGCUCAUGGUAGAUUAUAUGAUAUGAAAAAUAAUAAAAGAUUAAGAACUUUUAGAAUUUUAUAUCCUGAAGAUUGGAUGAAACAGUGUGAAGAUUUGGGACAUGGAAUGAGAAAAUCAGUUGAGAUGGAUUUAAAAACUAUCAAAGAAGAAUUGAUUGUUUUUGGAUUAAGAACUAAACUUGGUAUACCCAAGGAAAGAUUUAAUCUACAUUCAGAUGGGGAACAAUUGGAAGAUGAACAUAUGAAAAUAAAAAGUAAAGAAACCAAAAAAGAUAAUAAAUCUAUUGAACAAAUUGAACCUUACAAAACAUUUAGAGAAAAACAAGAACUUAUAAAAUUAUUAAACAAAGAAUUAAAAGAAUUAAAAGAAAAACUAAAACAAACUUUAUUCAAAUUACAGAAAGAAAAGAUCAAAAAGAGAUAUCUAACUAAAGAAUUAAAGGAAAGUAAAGAACAGAAUAAAGCUUUAGAAAAACAACUAAAAAGUUUACAAGAAUAUUUUAAUUUAACAAGUUUUGUAAGAUCAGUUAGAAUAUUACAAUUUCAAAGAAAUUCACUAAGAGAAAGAAGUAGAACUUUAACAAGAGAAAACAAAGAUUUAAAAGGUGAAAGAGCAUUAUUAACACAGAAUAAUCAAAAUUUAUAUCAAAGUAAUCAAGCUUUAAGAAAUAAAGUAUAA